UCUGGUUGCUGAGAACUGAGCUUACAGUUCAGGCUCCUUGUACAAAUUAAAAAGGAUACUGAAACACAUCAGGUUUAAAAUGUGGGUUGAAAUGGCAAAAUGAAAUGUAAGACAAAAUAAGGACACUUGGUGGCGCUGCAGGCUAAGAAUAUGAAGAAUGAGCUCUUCAGGCUCCCAGGAAGUCAUUUCAUUAACCCAAAACGCAGAAUUCUGGAAGCUUUGGAGGUGGAGGUACUUGGAUAGGGUUUACGUGAUCAUUUGGGAAGAAGGCAUCUUCCUAACCAGAUAUUUACUCCAAUAUCUUCAUGGACUCUCAUGAGAGGAUUUUAACGACUUGAAGAAGCAACCCCCUCUGGACUGAAUCUGAACAAUGGAGACAGCGCAAGCAAAAAUGCCCCAGCAAAGGCAAGUCGUUUUUAUUACUAUAUUGUUGCUAUUGUGGAAAUCUGGCUCUGGGGCAAUUAGAUAUUCCAUGCCAGAAGAAACGGAAAUUGGUUACUUGGUGGCUAACCUGGCAAAAGAUCUGGGGCUCAGGGUUGAAGAACUGGCUACUAGAGGAGCUCAGAUCCAUUACAAAGGAAACAAAGAGCUCUUGCAGCUGGACACAGAGACUGGGGAUUUGUUCUUGAAGGAAAAACUAGACCGGGAGACAUUGUGUGGGGCAACAGAACCCUGUGUGCUGCACUUCCAGAUCAUACUGGAAAAUCCAGUGCAGUUCUUCCAAACUGAACUGAAACUCACAGAUAUAAAUGACCACUCUCCAGAGUUCCCUGACAGGGAAAUGCUUCUAACAAUUCCUGAGAGUGCCUAUCCAGGGACUGUGUUUCCUCUGAAGGCAGCUCAGGACUCUGACAUUGGAAGAAAUGCAGUUCAGAACUACACAAUCAAUCUUAAUAUCCACUUCCAUGUCGUUACUCACAGUCGCACAGAUGGCAGGAAAUACCCAGAGCUGGUGCUGGACAGAGCCCUGGACAGGGAGGAGCAGCCUGAGCUCACUUUAACCCUCACUGCUCUGGAUGGGGGUACUCCGCCCAGGUCUGGGACUGCCACGGUUAGAAUUGAAGUUGUGGACAUCAAUGAUAACGCCCCCCAGUUUAUACAGUCACUCUAUAAGGUGCAAGUUCCUGAGAACUCUCCCCUCAAUGCAUUAGUUGUCAUGGUUUCUGCCACGGACUUAGAUGCUGGAGUAUAUGGCAAUGUGGCCUAUUCUCUAUUUCAAGGCGAUGGAGUAUCUCAACCAUUUGUAAUAGACAAAAUCACAGGAGAAAUCCGUCUGAGCAAAGAGCUGGAUUUCGAGGGAAUUAGCCAUUAUAACAUAGAGAUUGCAGCCACCGAUGGAGGGGGCCUUUCAGGAAAAUGCACUGUGGUUGUACAGGUGUUGGAUGUGAAUGACAACCCCCCAGAGUUGACGAUCAGGAAGCUCACAGUUCCUGUUCCAGAAAAUUCAGCCGAGACUGUAGUUGCUGUUUUUAGUGUUUCUGAUUCUGAUUCGGGGGACAAUGGAAGGAUGGUGUGUUCUAUCCAGGACAAUAUCCCAUUUCUCCUGAAACCCACAUUUGAGAAUUAUUACACUUUAGUGACUGAGGGGCCACUUGAUAGAGAGAGCAGAGCUGAAUACAACAUCACCAUCAUGGUCUCAGACCUGGGCGCACCCAGGCUCACAACCCAGCACACCAUAACAGUGCAGGUCUCUGACAUCAACGACAAUGCCCCCACCUUCACCCAAACCUCCUACAUCCUGUUUGUUCGUGAGAACAACAGCCCCGCCCUGCACAUAGGCACCAUGAGUGCCACAGACUCAGACUCAGGCUCCAAUGCCCACAUUACCUAUUCACUGCUGCUGCCUCUCCAUCCACAGCUGGACCUUUCCUCGCUAGUCUCCAUCAAUUCAGACAAUGGGCAGAUGUUUGCUCUCAGGGCACUGGACUAUGAGGCAAUUCAGGCCUUCGAGUUCCAAGUGGGCGCCACAGACCAAGGCUCCCCUGCACUCAGCAGCCAGGCUCUGGUGCGAGUGGUGGUGCUGGAUGACAAUGACAACGUGCCCUUCGUGCUCUACCCAUUGCAGAACGCUUCUGCACCCUGCACAGAGCUGCUGCCCAGAGCGGCGGAGCCCGGAUACCUGGUCACCAAGGUGGUGGCUGUGGAUCGCGACUCGGGCCAGAAUGCCUGGCUGUCAUUCCAGCUGCUCAAGGCUACAGAGCCCGGGCUGUUUAGUGUGUGGGCGCACAAUGGCGAGGUGCGAACCACCAGACUGCUGAGUGAGCGCGAUGCACCAAAGCACAAGCUCCUGCUGCUGGUAAAAGACAAUGGCGACCCUCCGCGCUCUGCCAGUGUCACUCUUCACGUGCUAGUGGUGGAUGGCUUCUCGCAGCCUUACCUGCCAUUGGCAGAGGUGGCACAAGAUUCCACACAGGAGGAUUAUGACGUGCUCACGCUGUACCUAGUCAUUGCCUUGGCGUCUGUAUCUUCUCUCUUCCUCUUGUCUGUGGUGCUGUUUGUGGGGGUGAGGCUGUGUAGGAGGGCCAGGACGCCCUCCCUGGGUGACUACUCUGUGCCUGAGGGACACUUUCCUGGCCAUCUAGUGGAUGUCAGUAGAGCGGGGACCCUGUCCCAGAGUUACCAGUAUGAGGUGUGUCUUAAUGGAGGUACUGGAACAAAUGAGUUCAACUUUCUUAAACCAUUGUUUCCUAUCCUUCCGACCCAGGCCGCUGCUGAAGGAAGAGAAAAUGCUGUUGUGCGCAAUAGCGUGGAAUUCUAUUAGAACGCUUAUUUUGAAAUGGUGGUCACCUCAUGUUUUCCUUAACUAUCUCUGAUGUAGUAUUGUACAGUGCCAUGAAUCAACUCCUGAUAUAUAUGUUUAAUUUAUCCUUUCUUUUGAAUCAAACUAUUCAGAUGUGAUCCAUCUCUAGAGAAUUUGGUUCUACUGCAUUGUGUUUGUUUAUGUUUUUAUGCCAUAGCAAUGCAUACUGGGUUUUUUUUUUACAAUUAUUAUAAUUUUGCUUUUGGCGGGAACUUAUAUUUGCUGUAACGAAUUGGAACCGCUUUCAUUGUUAGAAAUGCCUUGUUUCAUUUUGUUAUGUCAGACAGGGUCUUACACUGUAGCCCGGGCUGACCUGAAAUGGCUACGUACAGAUGGACUUUAAAUUUGUGGCAAUCUAUCUACUUCUGUUGUCCUAUGUCAGGAUUAUGAGCAUUUAUGUGUAGGCUCAGCUGUGGUAAACUGUCUCAACAAAAAUCAAAUACUAGUUGUAUUUUCUGUUUAUUCUAGCCACUUUAUUUCUUGACAGUCUUUUUGAUGCUAUGUUGAAAAUGGAAACUGCUGGAAAGCAUUCUCUUUAUUUGACUUAUUGUUGGUGAAAUGAAUAUAAAUGAUGUUGCACAUGAUAUCUGAGGAAGUAAUAGAAUCAUUAUGGAUUUCUUUGUUUUAUUUUGCUUUGUUUUGUUUUCUCUGUCUUGAUCCCUGUGAUUAAAAAAAAAACUGUUAAGGCUUUAAGUCAAAUCAUAGAAUGAUUAAAAAACCCUAAUGUUCAUCUAAAUGUGUUUUCAAAAAGUAAGAACAUGCCAUGCUAUCAGUGCAAUGGGAAAAAUGAAAUAUUACUAACAUUCCAGGUGCCACUCAAAUGACCCACAGUUGGCCCAAGUAUAGCAAGCAUGCUGACUUCCAGUUCUACAGUCCUGCCUCUUUUGAGUUUACGUAAAUUUCUCAUAGGUUACCAGUUGCUUCUCUCAUUCUAUAUUGUGUUUAUGAAAUGUAUGCAUAAUACUGCUUUUUGUCAUAAAUUAUUAUUCCAG